CCACAUAUGAAGCCAGUUGAUCGAGGAACCCGGAGAGUGAAACUUUAUUAGGUACAUUUUACAACGCUCUUUUUGAAAGGGUUUAGGCUUUUUAAACUCUCAUUCAAACAAGUGAAAAGGUUGUGCAACCAGUACGUAGAACAAAGAUGAAGGUGUUCAUGAUCGUGGCGUUCGUGUCCCAGGCACUACUGGUUAGGGCUCAGAACUUUCCUAACCCAGGAACCAACCCAGGCGCACUCCCAGUUCCACAACAGGAGUAUGACGUCGAUGAGGAUGCAGAAUAUUGCCGUAGAUGUAUCCAAUCCCGUAACGGAGUUGGUUACUACGAGGACCCUAACGACUGCCGCGCCUACCUUCACUGUAGCGAAGACCAGUACGGCCGCGCUAUCGCCUUCAGGAUGGGCUGUGCCUCAGGCUCGCUCUGGGAGCAGAGAGUGUCUUCAUGCGUUAGCUGUACCCUGGCACAGUGCUUCGGAUCGAGGCUCCCACCCGGAGUAGCAAGAUGUCCACCAACUACACCCCCACCACCAACCACCACAGUUGGGCCCACCAUUCUUCCCCAGUUCGCCGGCAGCUGUGUUGCCGCCAAUGACCCCGCCGGCUGGACCUACCACGCCGUCCCAGGCGGUCAGAACAUCUUCUACAGAGAGAAGCUUUUGGGUGACGAGCGCAAGGUAGAAAAAGUUAGCUGUGGACCAUGGAUCUUCGAUCUGACCAUCUGCGCUUGCAGAACUCCUCCUCGCCAAGCAAUUGCCGUGGUUCCAUUUGACAGUACCCCUUUUAUCACCCUUGUGGACAACUUCUACAUCGACGGUUACGGCGUGGGUGUUGGCGCUGGAAAGGUCGACGGCGCCGCCAUCUUUAACGGAACUUCCCACGUAGAAAUCCCACGUUUCAACAACUACCCAUGGGGCGCCGGUCUCACUCUGUCCUUCUGGUUCAGCCUUGCCGAUAACAACCCCAAUGUAAAGAAGGGUCUCCUGAACAACGGCGACUGCCAGGUCGUCCCCACUAUCCAGUUUAACUACCAAAAUGGCCGUCUGAUCGGUCAGAUCAUUGUCGCCAGCAACACCACCCUGCAGACCGUCACCGUGAAUAUUGCCACAUCUGAGCUCCAAAAUCCACGAGCUUGGCACCACGUUGUUUUAGUGUACGAUGGUCUUAAAGUGCGUGUUUUCGUCAACAACAGGAUUGCCAUCGAUGAGAUCGCUGUCGGUAUCAUCCCAAGCACUUUGGCCCCUCUCCUUAUUGGUCGCGAUCUCCAUUGUGAGUUCCAAGAGGGCGUUCCACGUACCAACAUCAUCGGAGCCGUAGAUGAGCUGCAAAUCUACGACUGGCCAAUGGACAACAACCAGGUGUCACAACUGAACGCUGGAGUACGUAACAUCCAGAUGGACCCCUACUCCGGAUACACCAUCGGUUAAAAACUGCAAUUGCUUGGUGACGUUGUUAGUGCCCCUUUAUACUAAUAGCGGAUAUCACCAGACAAUAACGGAUACGGACCAGGCUGUUGUUUUCAUGAGAACUGUUGCUCGUACCAUCAUCAUUAGGUGCUAAAUAAUAGGACAUUUAAACCAAUCAAACUUUAAUUCUAGAGCUAUGUUACGAUAAUGUUACCGUAUAAUAUGUAAAGUCCCCGCUUUCCAAGGAAGGGUCGUCUAAUUGUCGACGGGGAUUAGUAGAAACCAAAGGUUUCGUCAGAGCAAACCUGAAGGGCAACUGUACGUAGUUCUGUCACCCGGGACACAUUUCAGACCUGCCAUUGUUUUACAGGGUUUCCUGUGACUUCAAAUUUUCGAGCUCACAUCAUGAUCAGGUUUCUUAAUUUUAACAAGGCGGCUGAAGGUGUGACCUAAUCGACAGGGUCGAGUACGGUCCGUUUCGUUCACCGCCAUGACGCUUUGCUCUUUGCUUAACCUCAAUCAGUAUUUGCAACACAAACCUGGCAAUGCUCUUAGAAUGUUCGUUGCCACACCGCCACACCUAUGCCAAUCUUACCGACAUAGUGAAUGUAUGCUUAGGAUUAGUUAUUGCAAGGCUGUUUGAAAAUACCAAAAAAAUUAGAUAGCGCACCAGUGCUUACGGUGAAGUAUUACAGAGUGAUUAUUUUUGUAAGGUGGUUUCCCGCAUUAAUUCUUGUUAUGGCCGCAGGCGUGUCAUCCUCUGGCAGAUGCCCUACGUUUAAUUUUACUGCUCGGUAAAAAAUACCGUCAUAUUUACAUUAUUUAAUUCUUCAGAUCAUUCCACCUCUGACACGUGUUCUUCAGUCAUUAUGCUCGGCGAGCGUAUGUGUGUAUACGUAAGCGAUGUAAUCAUUGAAAUCUAACAUAAGACAUGGAAUGCAGUCGCAUUAUUUACAAAAUGUGUGUAAAUCAUUCUGGGAAUUACACGCCAUGGUGCAUUUGCAACAGUAUUGUCUUGUCUAUUGUGUUUAUGUACUUCAGCCGUACAUCGAUUAUAUAUUUAUUUUUGAAAACGGUCCACUUACUCACCAGUUACUUUGUUGGUUAAAAUCCAUAUAAUAAUUAAUAUACGGUAUUAGGGAUAGUUAUAUUUAUACGUUUGCAUAUUUGAUCUAAAAUAAACCAAAGUAUUAAUGUUUAUUAA